AUGGAAGCCAAUAGCGAGAUGACGGGGUCCAGCACGCCUCCGUCGGCGGCAUACGCAGCCGCGAUCUCUGCGGUGCUCGGCGACGACGACCUCCUCCGCGAGAUCCUGCUCCGCCUCGGCUUCCCCACCACCCUCGUCUGCAAGCGCUGGCUCCGGCACGCCUCCGACCCGGCCUUCCUCCGGCGCUUCCGAGAGCGUCACCCGCCCGCACUUCUGGGCUUCUACCUCAGGCAAAUGGGCUCAUGGCGCCCGCAGUUCGUGCCAGUCUCACAGUCCCCUGAGCUCUCCGCCGCCAUUCGCCGUGCGAGCGUCACCGACGGUCAGUUCUUCAUCAGCGACUGCCGAAACGGGCGCCUCCUCGUCAGGGAUUUCGAUCCCGCAGUCCUCAGCCCGUUGCAGCCUUCGUGUGCAAAGGCCAUCCUCCCACCGCCACCGAAGCAUAGUCUCGUAUGGUUCUUCCUCUCCGAGAGAGAGGAGGAAGUCAGCGACGACGGUGCCGGUGCCAUCGCUGUACUGAUGCUGCCUAUCGGUACGGAAACAAAACUCCAAGUAGAUUUGCUCACUCCACGGUCUGGCGUCUGGGUCGUCCGUCGCAGUGAAGUAAUACUUCUCCCGGAGAAAUUGCCUCCAAUUCGGUACAUGCUGCCGCCGGUCCGAGGCAAGAUCUACAGCUUGACCAAGUCUGAGCAUGUUCUCCGGUUGGAUAUGGCCGCCGCCAAGAGUUCUCUUCUCCGGCUCCGUAACUGCCAAUGGCUAGCGAAACAUCGGUUUAAAUUAGUGAAACAAUAAUGAUACUUAUUUUUCAUCUCUUUGUUUCUUUUUGGUAUUUUGUGA